UAUACCCAAGUCCAGCCACAGGACACGGCCCCCCGCCCCUGGCCCUGCAGCCUCCUAGUCCCUCCCACCGACUCUCCCGGCGCAUGCCCGCUCUCCCAGUCGUUGAUGCGCACCCGCACUCCUCGUCGCCGGCGCGCCGCAGCCUUCCUCUCCGCCUCCGCCCUCCCGCAGCUGCGGCCGGAACCGGUGUUGCGGCGGCAUUGGUGCUGACAGCCAGCCCCAAGGCGUCCGGGGCGUUACUAUGGCGCGGGGGGAGAGGCCGGCAGUGGUGGGCGGGCUGGUCGGCCCGUGGCUCCUCAUCGCCGUCGUCCUCGUGCACUCCUCCUUGCUCGGCUCCACCGUCUUCACGGCCGUCGACGCCGCCCGAACCUCGCCGUUCGUGGUCACGGCCCCGCUCCCGCUGCCGACGGCUCCGGCGCCGUCGCCCGCGGACGGCGUGCUCGGGGACAGCAAGAGGAGAGUGCCCACCGGCGCCAACCCCUUGCACAACAGAUGACGCGCGCGAGAGGACGGCGGCAGGAUCGGAGGAUGACAUGUUCCAUUGAUGUGCUUUGUGCUCUGCGUGAGCGUGCCGGCUGAGUCAAAGCGAUUGAGCUUACGAGAGGUUGACGAUCGAUGCACGGCGCGCGCGGCUGCCGUAAGCUUCUGGUUCUCUGCUUCUUCUCUCCUCCCCGUUUUUGUCGAUUGUUCUCUGGUUAGAUCGGGGAUCCAAGCCUCCAACUGGGGAGAAAAGGAAGUUGACUUGGAAGGGCUGCUGCCUGGUGCAUUCAGAUAGGCGCUCUUACUUAGCUAGGUUAGCGCUAUGCUUUGCUUUUUCUAGUUUAGCAUGUAUGUUUGGUGCUUCGCCAAGUUAAAGGAUUCAAUCAUGUACUCAUUUGUUAAUUAUUACUUGAGGAGGAAUAAGUAGUAUAUGUUCAUUUGUG